UUAAAGUGGGAAAUAACCAACAAUCAAGUGCGGUUGAUUUUAGAAUUGUUUAAACCCAGUAAAUUUAUUAUUUAUAAAAUACUACUACGUGGUAAUUCAUAAAUAUUUAACAAAAAAAAAAAAAAACAUACAUUAUAAAAUAGUUCCGCGCAUUUACAGUGCCAGCGGUCAUUCAAAUAAGUAAGGUUCUAUAAAUCGACUCUAAAACAAAGUCGAAAAAUCAACUAUCUUGUAAGAAAUAAGUCGAAGAAUCAAUUUCACAAAAAAAAAAAAAAAAAAGUCGACUAUUUAUUAGACGCAAAAAAGUCGAAAACCUGACUUUUCAUAAAUAGCAAAAAGUCGAAAAGUCAACUUUUUUUGAUUCAACUAUAGAACCGUACAAAGAAGUAUUUGAACUAAAUUAUAUUGUAUUUUCCGCGCAAUUUUACAAAUUGCCUGCGGUUCUUAUAGAAAUAAUAAUAGUAAAAGGAAAAUUGGUCAUACCUUUUGCAAUAUUUGUUUAAUUAAUCUAUAUGCUAUUACUAAAACUAGCUGAGGUUUUAUAUAAGAUUGAAAAUUUAUAACAACCAAGUUAUUACGUAAAUACAUCGCGAAUCCAUUGCGAUUUCAUUUUAACAAUUAGUUAUUUUAUUAAUAUAUUUUGAUGAUAAAUUUGUCAAAGUUACUACGUAACGUAAAAGAGUGAUAAAUUCGGAAAGUUUAAUUUCUAAAUUACUACUACGUGGUAAUUGGACGAAAUUUAAGAACAAGUUACUACGUAACAGAGAAAAAAUUUUUUUGCUAAUCAAUGACAUUUUCAUUUUACAAUAACCAAGUUAUUACGUAAAAUAAGUGUUUCAUAGCAAAUUCUUUCCGAUUUCAUUUUAACUGUUAAUCAGUUUAAUAAUAAAUUCAAAUUAACAAAUUUGCAGUUAAGUUACUACGUAACGUAAAAAAGCGCUUAAUUUGAAAAUUUUAACUUCUAAAUUACUACUACGUGGUAAUUGGAAAUAUUUUAAGAAUAAGUUACUACGUAACGGGAAAAAAUAUAAAAAGUCUGCUAAACCUUAGCAAUUCACUUUUAUUGAUCAGUUGGUAAUAAUUGAGCAUAUUUACUAAUAAACCAUCGGUCAAAUUAAAGUUCAACAUAUAAUGGGUAGUCAAGCUCACUCAAAAUUUGUCAUAGAGACAGAUAAUUUAUUUGAUGAAUGCGAAAGUUUCUCAAAAUUGCAUGCAGAAGAUUUAACAGAAUCUUUGGUAGAGGCAAAAUUAGAAUCUUUAGAGGAAGACUGGAAGACGAUUCGAACAUCCUAUGAGGCGAUAUAUAGUGCGGCAGAUUCCUUAAUAUCGCCCGAAUUUAAAGAGUUAUCACGAACUAGGUUUCGAGAAUGUAGAGAGAAAUAUCAGUUGACAAAAGCGAGUAUGAAUGACCUCUUAAAAGCUGCAAAGAGCCCACCUACAGUACAAACUGACCCAUAUCAUUCUUCUACAUUAGGUGGCUCAUCAUUUUAUCCAAUGAAUACUACAUUCGACUUAUCAGAAGUAGGGUUACGUGUUCCUGCUUGUGAUAUUAAGGUCUUUAAUGGUAGUUAUGAAGAGUGGCCAGCAUUUAGGGAUAUGUUUUCGGUUCUCUAUCAUACAAAUCCAAGAGUAUCGCAGGUUGAAAAGUUUUUCCACUUGCUAAACAAAACUUCGGGAGAUGCAUUGGCAAUUGUUCGAAAAUUCAGUUUGUCGGAACAGAACUACAUGCCAGCUUGGAACGCUUUAAAGUCGAGAUAUGAGAACAAAAAAUUUUUAGUAGAAAUUCAGAUGAAAACUCUAUUUAAUUUAGAGCCAGCCAAAUCAGAGAAUAGUGUCGAUAUUAACAGGAUAAGAACAACUAUAUGUGAUUGUUUAUCAAUGUUAAUAGGACAUGGUAUACGAGUGGACCAAUGGGAUCCAAUUUUGGUAUAUUUGUGCAGUACAAAAUUAUCUAUUCAAACCAUUACUGCUUGGGAAGAGUCUUUAGAAUCCGAUUCUGAUUUGCCAUCCUGGCAUCAAAUGGAUACUUUUUUAAAAAGUAGACACCGAGUAUUGGAAAGAAUAGAAAUGGCACGUGACCAAAUGUCGGCAAACGAAUCAAGUCACAAAGGUGAUCAAAAGCCUGGAACUAGUAAAAAUAUCAAAAAGAGAACAGACACAAAUAGUCAGAACUUAUGUGUAUUUUGCAACGAAAAUCAUUAUCUAAGAAAUUGUAGAAAAUUCUCUGAUUUAACUGUUAAGCAGCGAGUUGAUUUUGUAGAACAGAAUAAAAUAUGUACCAAUUGUCUUUCGCCUACUCAUUUAAAUCAGGAUUGCAGAAGUAUAUUUCGUUGUACACAAUGUAAAAAUAAGCAUCAUAGUUUAUUACAUGUGAACCAUAACAUAAAUAAUGAACUGGUUUCAAGGGCUAAUAGGCCAGUAAAUUCAUUUCAUACUGAAUAUACACAUCCUGUGAAGAGUAUGGAAACGGAAAAUAAUGGCCCGGAAAAGCAGUGUCCCUCUUGUAGUAAACAUGAUCAGAUAAAUGUCCAAACUCAUCUAUCGGUAAACGAUGAUAAUAUUCUAUUACCAACAGCCUUAGUACAAAUCAAUCACUUGGGUGAUAAGUUCAGUAUUAGAGCUCUGAUAGAUUCAGCUUCCAAAAGAUCGUUUCUAACUGAAAGAAUACGAAAUAGAUUAAAUUUAAAAACAGAACCUGCAGAUUUUGAAAUAUGUGGAUUAGGAGGUACUGUAGUAUCUAAUUCAAAGAAAAUUUGUAAUGUAACACUUUGCGCAGAGAAACAUAAUUUUAUACUUGAUACUCAAGCUAUAAUCGUUUCAAACUUAACAAGUUUGAUGCCGUCAACAACAAUUUCCAAUCCUAAUCUUGACGAGAUCAGUGAAUUGGAAUUGGCGGAUCCGAAAUUUUAUGUUUCUUCGCAGGUAGACAUGUUAUUAGGAAGUGAUAUAUUACCAUAUAUUUUACUCGAGGGGACUCGUCAACAUGUUUUAGGAAAUAUGGUAGCACAAAAUUCAGUAUACGGAUGGUUUGUAUAUGGCCCUUUCAAAAUAAACUCCCUUUCACUCGUUACAGUUGAUAUAAAUGAAAAAACUAGGGAAUCCAAUGAAAUUUGUGUUCAGCUUAGGAAGUUUUGGGAAACUGAAGAGAUAUUUAACAGUAGUGUCUUAUCAGAAGAAGAUAAAUUUUGUGAAAAACUAUUUGCAAAAACCACUUUUCGACGAAAAGAUGGAAGAUAUGUGGUAAAGUUACCAUUCAGAUCAGAGUUUCCAGAAAUAAUAAAUCUAUCUUCAUCUCGCUACCAAGCAAAGAAACAAUAUCUUCACAUGGAAGCCAAUUUAGCUAAAAAAUCAAAUCUUCUGGACAUUUAUAAUAAUAUAUUGAAGGAAUAUAUAGAUUUAGGUCAUAUGAAAAAAUGCAAUUCAACUGAAAUAGAAGAACAUGGAAAAUACUAUUCAUAUUAUUUGCCACAUCAUGCUGUGUUUAGACCUGAAAGUGCUUCAACAAAGGUUCGCGUGGUGUUUAAUGGUUCACGAAAAACACAAAGUUCAUAUUCGUUGAAUGAUAUCUUAUAUAGUGGACCAACCCUUCAGUCAGAUUUAAUGACUAUAAUUUUAAACUGGCGAAAAUAUGAAUAUGUAUUCAAUGGCGAUAUUGAAAAAAUGUAUCGUCAAAUAAUGAUUAAUGAAUCAGAUAGACCAUAUCAGAGGAUAUUGUUCCGCAAUGUCACUACAGGUAACAUAGAAGAUUAUGAAUUAACUACGGUAACUUUCGGCAUAAAUUGUGCUCCUUACUUAGCUAUUCGAACACUUCUACAAUUGGCUGACGAAUCUGAAACACUUAAUCCAUUAGCGUCAUUAAUAUUAAGAAAUGAGACUUAUGUGGAUGAUGUGCUAUCAGGAGGACAUACAUUGGAAUCAGCAAUAGAAUCUCAGAAACAGUUGUGCACCGCACUAAAUUCUGCAGGAUUUCCAUUGAGAAAAAUAACAGCCAAUCACCAUAGACUAUUAGAACAUAUUCCAAAGGAAAAUCUUUUAAAUGACGAUUUAUUGAAAUUUAAUGAUUCAAGCUCAACGAAGACUCUUGGUAUUUGUUGGAACGCUAUGAGUGAUACUUUCAAUUACAAAGUCGAAUCUAUUUCUCUAGGAAGUACAGUAACAAAAAGGCAAAUAUUAUCUUGCAUUGCAAAACUUUUUGAUCCGGCAGGAUGGCUAACGCCUAUAAUUAUUGAAGCUAAAAUGCUUCUUCAGAACUUAUGGCAAGAUGGUGUAGAGUGGGAUGAGAAUGUCAAUUCACAUAUAUUUCAAAAGUGGAAAUUGUUCAUUGACAAUUUUCAUCAUAUCGAUAGAAUUCAAAUUCCUCGUUGGGUGAAUUUUCAACCUGAAAAUUAUAUCCAGUUGCAUGGGUUUUGCGAUGCCUCAGAAAGGGCAUACUGUGCCGCAGUAUACCUUAGAUCGGAGAAUCCAAACCGAAGAAGCACACAUUUGCUAGUGGCUAAAAGCAAGGUAGCUCCGCUAAAAAAACUUAGUCUUCCGCGCUUGGAAUUGUGUGGCGCCUUACUUCUUUCCAAAUUAGUAAGGCAAUUGUUAUGUGAUAAUUUGUUCCCAAACACAUCUGUUUAUUUAUGGACAGACUCCACCAUUGUUCUUGCUUGGCUUCAAAAACAUCCAUCUACGUGGAAAACUUUUGUAGCCAAUAGAAUCUCCAAAAUUAUUGAAAAUGUCGUUGAUGCCACGUGGAGACACGUACCUACAUCUGAAAAUCCAGCCGAUCUUGGAACACGAGGAUGCAAGCCUCAAGAUCUAGUUAAUAAUCCAUUGUGGUGGCAUGGACCUCUUUGGCUUCUUAGCUCUCAAGAUCACUGGCCAAUGUUCUCUCAACCACUCCAAGACGCGCCAGACCAAAGAAAAAUAUGUCUAAUUGCUUGUUCCACAGAUCCAGCUCCAUCUUCGUCUUUUAAGAAUAAAGGGACUGUACUAAAACAACCUUCGAGAUCUCAGGUACCGUCAGCAAUAGCAGAAAGUGGAGAGGAACUUUCUAUUAUUAAUAGUUUCUCAAGAUAUCACCGAGCACUUCGCGUUAUAGCCUAUGUCUAUCGUUUCUACAAUUUAGCCUCAAAAAAGGUUACAACUUUUCCAGAAACUAUAACUCAGAACGAACUCAACAAUUCUAAAGUUGUUCUAAUACGACUGACGCAAAGGACAUAUUAUUUCUAUGAAUAUAACGACUUGUCCAACUCCAGAGCUAUUUCUAAGAAAAGCUCGUUAAUAACGCUGAACCCAUUUCUAGAUUCUAACGGCCUUCUACGAGUUAACGGUCGCUUAGUUAAUUCAUCUAUGAGCUAUGACGAAAGGUUUCCCAUAAUCAUUCCAUACAAAUCGAACUUAUGUGAAAUGAUUUUGAAAUUUAUUCACCAAAAUCUGAUGCAUGCUGACGUUUCUUUAAUGCUUAGUAUGGUUAGAUACCAAUUUUAUAUUCCAGCUCUAAAGAGAGCCGUUAAAAAAUGUAUAAAUAAGUGCUUAACUUGUGUUCGCUAUAAGCAAAGGGUACUAUCGCAAAUAAUGGCAGCUUUGCCAGCUGAGAGAACUACGUUCUCCUUACCGUUUACCUUUACAGGUGUAGACUUUGCUGGACCUUUUCAGAUAAAAGCUGGGCAUUUGCGAAAUUCACCCUAUAUGAAGGGAUACGCCUGCAUAUUCGUUUGCUUUGCUACACGAGCUAUACACCUAGAACCAUGUUCCAAUCUUUCAUCUGAGGCUUUUCUGGCUACAUUUGAUAGGUUUGUUGGAAGACGAGGUUUACCUAAGCGUCUGAUGUCAGACAACGGUACUAAUUUCGUAGGCGCUAGUAAAACAUUGCUUGCUGAAUAUGCAAUGUUUUUAGAACAAUCCUAUAGGGAUAUAGUUGAAAAAUAUGCUAUCCACGGCUUCGAGUGGAAAUUCAUCCCACCAAGUGCCCCACACAUGGGAGGCUUAUGGGAAGCUGGAGUUAAAAGCUUCAAGCUUCAUUUUAGAAAAGUUGUAGGAAACCAUAAAUUUAAUUUUGAAGAAUUCUCUACACUUUUAAUUAGGAUUGAAGGUGUUCUUAAUUCUCGUCCGUUGUCUCCAAUGACUGAGGAUCCUAAGGAUUUAGAAGUUUUAACUCCCGGACACUUUCUACGAGGUUCACCACUAAUGGCGCCACCAGAAAUGCCAAAUGAUGAUCUAAAUAUGUCACUACUGAAUCGAUGGGAAAAAUUGAAGGCCCUUCAUCAUCGAUUUGCUCAACGAUGGAAGACCGAAUACUUGCAAGAACUUCAUAAGCGCUACAAAUGGAGAUAUCCAAAGAAGGAGUUGAUUGUAGGAGAUUUCGUCAUUAUAAAGGAUGAACUACUUCCUCCUAGUGAUUGGCGGUUAGGUCGCAUUGAAACUAUAUAUCUCGGAUCUGAUAAACGAGUACGAGUGGCUGAUAUCCGAACGCAAUAUGGUUUGGUUACUCGGCCGAUAGUAAAACUCUGUUGGUUGCCAAUCUUGGAUAAGUAGCUUAUACAUAGUAUUCAAUUUGUCUAAUUUUCAGUAAUCUCUCAUUACUAUAUCAUUGUACUAACUAUCCAUCUUUCUCUCUUUUUUGUUUGUUUUUUUUUUUCUUUGUUCAUAUUUUUUUUCAGAUAAAAAUGGAACCCAUUCGUCGCUCAGAUGUAUGCCUAGUAUGUUUCCAAAGGCAUCAUUUGCGGAAAUGCAAAAUAUUUAACGGGUUUUCUAUUAGACAACGCCUUUACUCCGUGAAGGUUCAUAGAUAUUGUUUAAAUUGCCUUUCCCAGUCGCACCAGGUUAAGGAUUGUACCACAGCUUCAGCAUGUCGCAGAUGUGGCAAAAAUCACCACACUCUAUUGCACAAAGAAAGUGCUCAGUCGAAUGUAGUUAGUUCUCCGCCAAGGCGUUCGGUCCAAGAACGCCUACAGUUACCAAUUCGUGAUCUUCGGAUUCCGAACCGAGUAGCCCCACCUCAACAACGUCGGAGAUCACAACAUUCCGUUCGUUCAGCAUCUCAUGGAGAAACCCGUCGAGACACUACCGAAGAUUCUGGGGCACUGACUGUAGCCAAUGACCGCCGAAGACGCUCGAGGAGAAGGCCUACAAUGGUGCAGCGGCAGUUAGCUGACCAAGCAGCCGGCCAAGCUACUACCCAUCAGCUGUUGCGACAAAUGAUCGCUACUAUGAAUCGGCUUAGUGAUUCGAUCCUUGCACCCGUGCAAAGGGGGCGGCAUGUUGAGGCCCGCGACAGCGCCUCCGAGACAGCAGAUGAAGACUGCCUUGACUUGGACAUAGAGCCCCUACUUUAAAUGUGCCCCUUCUGCUCGCUACGCUUCUGAAUGGUGCUUAAGGAGAUUGACAGGUGUCAAAAACUGACGUCCUGUCAAUCAACUUAAGCGCCAUUGCAGUUUUUUCUUUAAUAAAAAAAAACCUCAGCAGCGUCAGCAGCAAACAAACCCUAAAACCCAAACCUGAAAAUAAAGGAAGUUAUAACGUUUAACCAAACCUGUGUUCUUACUCACCUUGAACCACAAAUUUUCCCUUCUACUUUCAGGUUCCUCGAUGGACAGCUGGCAGGACUACAGCAAAUGGACUUUUGGUGCGAGCUGGUUGCAGGUGUGGUUUUCUGUCCGUCCGUUUUAGUCUGUUCGUGUUUUUCAGGUAAGUAA